AUGCAUUCCAGUGGUGAUGCAGAGGCCAUACAUGUACCAUUUAUGGCUAAAUUUGUCGUUUUCGCCAAACGCACCGAUCCGCUGGAGGCCCGUCUCCGGGUGUUCUGCAUGACAGACGACCGGGAAGACAAAACCCUCGAACAUCAGGAGCACUUCACCGAGGUGGCCAAGAGCCGGGACGUGGAGGUACUGGAGGACAAACUGCAGUACAUCGAGCUGGCCGGCAAUCUGGUGCCCGUUACGAAGUCCGGCGAGCAGCUGAGUUUACCUUUCAAGGCAUUCCGCGAAAAUCGAUUACCAUUUUCGGUCCGGGUCAAGGAUCAACACGCGGACAUCGUCGGUCGGACGCUGUUCAUGAGGGAGCCCAAGAUUGCCAAGGGUGAACCUCCACAGCAACCGAUUUGUAUCCUGAAUAUUGUACUGCCGGAAAAUAUCAUACCCGACCAUUACACUACGAUAGAGGAUUCGCAAGAAAUAGUGGUUCGCAUUGGAAGAAGCAGGGCGAGCCCAAGGGAUCAGAACUACUUGGGCGAACUUCGAGUGGUAGACAUUUCCAACCUGCUGGGUGAAGACUGGAUCAAACUGGCACCGGAAAUCGGUGUCAACGAAACCGAUGUGGAAAAUAUUAUCGCCCAGAAUCCAACUAGCAGUGCCCAGCAGGCCCAGUCCAUGCUCAAGUUGUUCCAAUCGAAAGCCAAAAACGACUUCAACAUUCUCGAAAACGGACUCCGCUCGAUACAGAGAGACGACAUCGUCGACAGGUGUUUGCGAAGUUCGAGCAGUACAACCACCACCACCACAGUUACGAUGCGCAACAAAACUGCCUUCUCGAUAAGCAAACGAGCGCAGGACAUCGACAUCCUAGCCGAGUCAGAUUCCAUCGCGAAGUUGGUACAAAAAAGUGAUAACCAAUAUGGCCAGGAGGAAUCCAGUAAGUACUCGGUCGAGGAGAAAUGCGUUGAAGAAUCCGAAGAAUCAGAAGAAGAGACCAUCAAGAAAACCGUUGCCGAAAGGCGGAAACAAAUCGAGAAACGCCUUUCAGCCGAGCGAUCCAUACCUGCCUCUACCCAAAAGAAGGAGAUCGUUGAAGAAAUCAUAACCAUCAAGCGAUCCAGUGUGAUAGACGAUACCAGAGCGAAACACGAGGAAGAAAUUCUCAUGCAGAAACCCAUCGACAACUCGUACAAAUCCUCUGUAACGCCCGAACAAGUAGUCAAACUGAAAACAGCCACCAUUAAAGAAGGCGCAGCAGUUGCAAAGGACGUAUUCGAUAAAGAACUGCAGGACAAAUUCAAGGCCACGCUGAAAAAUGUGGAUGAGUUCGAGCACAAGUCGCAGAUUCUUUCCGAAACAGAGAAAGUCGAUACGUCUGCAAAAAUUGUCGAUGAAAUUGUCAAAAAAGAUGUUAAACUAGACGAAAAAUCAACCAAAGACGAUAAAACAAAAGAAGAUGUCGAUAGCAAAGUCUCUAAAGUGGAAAAGGUAGCUCCCGUCCCAGUCAACCGACUGAGCAUGCAAAGCGACGAUGAACGUAGUUCGGGAAUAGUCGAGGAGUCUAUUAAAAAUGUUCACGAAAAAAUCUCCUCAUUCGAAUCUCAAUCAAGCGAUUCCAGCAAGCGAACUUCCUGGGCUCAGGAACCGAGCACUGCCAAACCGAAAGAUGACAAAAAGAAACCCGACGAUGACGAUGACGACCAAGACGUACAACAACCGAAGGAGAAAGUGCCAGUACCCACCAAACGUGCCAGCAUGGUUCGUGAAGAUGCCCUCGAUUCGGUCGUAGUUGAUGAAUCCAUCAAAAACGUUCAAGAUAAAAUUUCCUCAUUCGAGUCCCAAUCAUCCGAGUCUAGCAAGAGAACAUCCUGGGCUAAGGAAACAGUAACACAAGUUGAACAGACGUUCUCUGACCAGCAAAAAGACGCUCAAGCUAGAGUAGCCAGCUGGUCGGAAGAACAAGAAAUUCUGACACAGAAACAACAACUAGAAAAACUAAACGAAACAAUGGACGAAACCAAAGAACAGUGGAAUGAAGAACGACAAAUCCUGCUCCAAAAAGCAGAAUUAGAAGGAGCGGAAAAACAAUUCCAAACAGAAACCAAAGAACUGUUUGACAAGUUUGGAAAACAAGAUGUAUUUAGCGAUGUUCUGCAACGGUUCGAUCAAGCGGACGUUAAAACUGAAAUCGUCAGCAAAGUGUCAAGUACGAGUUCAAAGGCAGAAUCCUUCGCCGAAACCAGAACAUCUGAUGUCAAAACCAUUGGUGACAAAGGUCAAGUUUUACACCAAGAAGUGCAGGAAUUCGCAGCUCAAAGCUCAGCCACCAAGACUUCAUUCGACGAAAAAGUUGACAAAUCUGUCAAGGAGCUGGUAGGUUCCGAAGUCGUAUCCGAGGUCAAAGAAUCUACCCAACAAAGUAAACAGUCAGUUGAUGCUGCAGCACAAGCCCUAGCCAAGGAAACAGUCACGAGCGCAGAACAGCAACAACCAAAGGUUCAGGAAGCAUUCACAAAAGAAUCCUUCGAAAGCGUUCGGGACGAAUUCGUAAGCAAGAACGAAACUGGAAUGCUGAAGGAGCAAAGUGAAAAGAUUAAGUCCGAAAUAGAAACAGCCGUUCGAGUUGGAGAGGAAGUAAUCGGCGAAAAAAUUUCCCAAACGGGAGAAGAAUUCCGACGUGUGGAACAAAAACUACCGCUUGAAAUUGACGAAAAACCGCAACUGGUCGAAACGGUCACAAAAUCCGUUACCCAGGAGAUUACAUCGAAGAUUCCAGUGUUUUCGAAGAGAACUUCGCCCGAAGAGGCUCCCAAACCGAAGGAACUUGUAAAAGAAGCAGUGAAGGAACCUGCGAAAGAACCCGCAAAGGAACCUGCUAAAGAAACUGUGAAGGAAGCCACAAAAGAAACAGUUAAAGAAUCAGCGAAAGAAGAGAAACUAGUUGAUUUUAUCAACGAAGUUGUAGAAAAGGCAGAAGAGGUCGUGUCGGUGUCCAAGAUCCCUCGGCUUGACAGCAGCAGAUCUUCCGUUUCAAAAUCGGAAACUAGCUCCAUUAAGUCACCGGAGCCGGAAGUCAUUAUCAAGUCCCCGGAGCAACAGGACUCAGCCUUUUCCAAAAUUCCAAUCCUGAAGGACCGUAAAGUGUCGGAACAGUUCUCCAGUGAUUCCUGCGAAACGGUAAUCAUGCAGAAAACACUGCGGGAUCAGGACUCGCUGCUGAAAUCUUCGGAUAGCGACGAGAAACCGACGGCCAUUGCGGAACAAAUUACACCCAAAGAAGCCAAGGAGGUGCUGAGUUUCACCACCAUCGAUGAAUCGGUGCUAAACGAGCUGGUAACGGAAGACGAGCGAGCCGUAACGCCGGACGAUUUCAUCGACGAAAUCAUCGAGGAGGCGCAAGACAAAGUGCAGAUGAUGCAGGAUACCGAAAUCGCCGCCUACACCCUGGAUUUGAGCAGAUCAGAAGACGAUGUUCUAGAGAAGUCCCCGCAACCGAUCCCGGACUACGUGACCGAGCGCCGUCUGGACGACGAAGAGGACGACGAGCACGAGCAUGAAAAAUGGCAAGGUAUGUUUCAACAGCAAUUCAUCCACUCAUAUCAGAUAGCAUCCAACUCAUUCCAACCCACUGUCAUUAGAGAUAACUGUUCCCUUGUUCUUGGUACCUACCUUUGUUAAAGUUAGAAAACAAAC